AUGGUAACAGAGAAAGGAGAUAAAGGGGGCACCAAGUGUGUCGCUGGCCCAGGUUCACGCCUAGCUCUCCUUACAACCAUUCCUUGGGUUCCUCAAGGGCCCCUGGACUCAGGUGGCCUUGGCACAUGUCCUUUUGCUCUUCUAGAAAAAUAUGGAGACGUGUUCACAGUGCACCUGGGACCGAGGCCCGUGGUCAUGCUGUGUGGGACAGAGGCCAUAAGGGAGGCUCUGGUGGACCAAGCUGAGGCUUUCUCUGGCCGGGGGACAGUUGCUGUGCUUGACCCAAUUGAACAGGGAUAUGAUGUGAUCUUUGCUAAUGGAGAACGCUGGAAGACCCUUCGGCGAUUCUCUCUGGCCACAAUGAAGGAUUUUGGAAUGGGCAAGCGGAGUGUGGAGGAGCAGAUUCAGGAGGAGGCCAGAUGUGUGGUGGAGGAGCUCCAGAAAUCCCAGGAUUUGGCCAUUACCAGCCAGAGAUACCAUGGGAACUCUCAAGAAAUCUCAUCUUGUUAUAUUGGAGAUGAGAUCCAAACCCUGUUCAUCACAACUGUGCAGGAAGUUCUCUUAUCUGAUGAGCCACAAUUAAAAUGUUAA